AUGAACAGAUACGCAGAAAGUCUUCGUCAAGUUCGAUUGUUUGGAAAAUAUCAUCGAAUGUUCAUCUGUCUAGCUUUGAAAAAUGACGUUGAGUGCGUGGGUGAAACCACGAUUUGUCUUCCAAUGGAGGCAGAAUUUACAGAUAGCAACGAGCCUAUGUUGUGUGGUUCCCCAGAGUCUGGUGCGUUGAGAACAAGCUCGAUUAAUGAGCGUCGCAAUUUUUCCAAGAAAUUUUUCCCUCCCGCUGGAGAAGGCGAUCACGCGAUUUUGGGAAUAGAGAAAAAAUCGAAACGUCGAUCACCGAUGAAGAGAUCAAAUGUACUUCGAAUUAAUUCAUCAGCUAAAGAAAGACUGGCGAGGGAAGAAUUCAGGAGAUAUUUUGUAGGAUGUAUGGUAAAACCGGAAAUACCAGAUCCUGAAAUCGACCUGAAGAACGAUAGGGAUGUCGGCAGAUACUAUUUUUACAUAAAAAAUGGAAUCGACGCCACACAUGUGACACCCAUAGAAAAUAAAAUGCUCAAAACCAUCACCGAACUCAUUCCUAGUAGACUACAAAAGUUUGAAGACCUCUGGUUUGACCUGGUCAAAGAAAUUAAGGAGGAGUUUACAAUCGCGGUGAAAAAAUCCGCCGUUGAAUUUGUAUUGAAGGAUCCUUACCAGGAGGGAAGUCAGGAGGAGGAGUCUACAAAAACGCCGGAACAACUGGAGUGCCAGAGAUUUCCUGACGAACAUUCGAAAAAUUUUAAAAAACGGCAUUCGACUAUCCAGAAAAAUCUGUACCUGGUACAUCUGAGCAUGCGGCAAAUGCUGGAAAUUUGGAUUCGACAAUACGUCGAGUACCACUUGAUCGACAUGAACGUAAUCAGGGGACACAAGGAAAGUUGGGAUCUGAUAGCCUUCCAAACGACCUUGACCCAGCAGAUCGAAAGGGCGAGAGAUUUUUUGAAGUAUUCGUGGUUUAGCGAUAAUCAGAACAUUUUUUUAGUGAAUAACAGGAAAAAUAUUAUACCCAGCCCUCUUCAGGCGAAGAAAUUCAAGAGAUUCUACGACUGCGUCUACAAACUCAUGGAAUCACAGCUUCUCACGAUAUGCAAGCAGACAAUGUCCGCCUACAUGGAUUAUGUCCUUGGGGUUGAUGUCAAUUGCGCCACUUUCAUAUUGAGAGUGACUGUUAAGAAUGGCGAGUGUGUGUUCGAUCCAUCCUGUAAGUAUUUCGUCGAAGUCCUUUCGAGUCUUUUGGACGCUAUGCUCCAAGCCGUCUCCGGCUUCCCAAGACUCGAAACCCAACUUUAUUUGGACUGGAGUGGUCCUCCCGCCUUUCUCAAGCCAAAAGUAUCUCCGUUACAAAUUUCUAUAUACAAGCAAGAAAUUCGUGCGUUGAUCGAAAAACAGCGGAUUAAACCACAAGAAAAAAUGGAAGAUUUUCAAAGAUACAAGCAUCUCCUGAAAAACGAAGAACAAGACAGGAUCAACGCUUUCUUGGCCGACGACACCAAAACUUUCGCGGAAUAUGCCGAACGGAUAGCUAGUUACCACGCGUUAGCGUUGAAAAUCGCCGAGACACACGAGCCCACGAUUUUCAUGGGCCUCUUCGAAGUCUCUAGAAGAGAAUGCCUCGACGUGAUAAUAGGGAAUGUCAACGGGUUCAAAAACGCUUUGAUAAAUCGCAUGGUCACUGACUAUCAGAAAAUUUGUAUCACGGUCAGUCAGGAGCAGCAGGCUAUCGCGGACAGAGGACUUAGCCAGCCGAUUAAUACGGCAGCACUGAUGGAGCUGAAGGAGUUCAUGGGGAGGGCUGAACAAGUGACGAUUGUUCAGGUGGAGGCAAAGCUCAAGGACAUCAUUGAUUACGUUAUAUUUUUAUCGGACUACUGGCUCCUCACUUCUGUAGAAAUAACGAAUAACAACAAGACCUUUCAAUGGUUCAACAAGAUGCCGCAGAUAUUCGAAGACCAUAAAAAUAUGGCUGAAAUAAAAAUCGUCGAGUUCCAGGAGGCCUUGAAGGUGAAAUAUCAGAAGUUUACCGAAGAAUUGGCGCAGUACGCGAAGCAGGUUGAAGAAUUGCAGGAGUGGAGUGACGUGGAAGAGGUGUACCGGUAUCAAAAGAAGGCACAGAAUUUGGAAAACAAGUUGAUAGGAGCAAUGGAGAAGAUCGAUCGUUUCAACGAGGAAGAAUUAUAUUUCGGUUGGGAAACUACGCAGUAUCCAGAGAGGAAAAAAAUCGCGGAUCGGAUGACGCCGUUUAAAAAAUUGUUCGACAGCGCGUGUGAAUUUCUGACCAAAUACGAUCGUUGGAUGAACGCCCUAAUCGGGACUUACCAGCCGGAGGAUAUCGACAGUGACGUGGGAAUCGCGUACAGAACUAUUUAUAAACUUGAAAAAAGUUUUUCCGAACCAGGAUCGAAGAAACUAGCUAUAGCAGUGCGUGAAAAAAUUGACGAGUUCAAGCAACACUUGCCCGUUAUCAUGACCCUGGGGAAUCCGGGUUUGAAGGCGCGACACUGGGAACAGAUUUCGGAGAUUGUCGGUAUUCCCAUAAAAGUUGACGCUGAUCUCACGCUUGGUAAGGUCCUAGAUUUGGGACUCGACAAUUACAUAACUAGAUUUGAAAGCAUCUCUGAAGCUGCUACUAAGGAAAAUAGUCUUGAAAAAAAUCUGGAGAAGAUGCAGAGGGAUUGGGUCGACAUGAGUUUUACCGUUAACCCAUACAAGGAUUCUGACACAUUCGUUAUCGCUGGCGUAGACGAGAUCCAGCUGAUGCUGGAUGAUCACAUAACGAGAACGAUGACCAUGAAAAACUCCGCGUACAUCAAACCCUUCGAAUCUAAAAUUUUCCGUUGGGAGGGAAAGCUGCAUCUACUUCAAGAUAUUUUAGACCAGUGGCUGAAGGUUCAAGCGACUUGGAUGUACUUGGAGCCGAUUUUCUCAUCGCCCGACAUACAGCAGCAAAUGCCCGAAGAAGGCCGGAGGUUUAGCGCGGUGGAUAAAACCUGGCGAGAUAUAAUGAAGACUGUGGAUUCUGAUUCUCGAGUUCUUUCCGUUCUUGAAAUAGAAAAGAUGUUGGAGCGGCUUAAAAAGAGCUUCGGGCUUCUGGAACUGAUCCAGAAAGGGCUGAAUGAAUAUCUGGAGAAAAAGAGACUCUUUUUCCCCAGGUUCUUUUUCCUUUCCAAUGAUGAGCUCCUUGAAAUACUAUCGGAAACCAAAGAUCCCACUCGCGUCCAACCCCACUUGAAGAAGUGUUUCGAAGGCAUAGCUAAGCUAGCGUUUAACUCUGACCUCGAAGUAAAUAAGAUGAAGUCGGCCGAGGGGGAGGAGGUCGAUUUGAUGGACAUUAUUUCCACCGCUGCGGCGAGGGGUCAGGUUGAGAAAUGGCUCCUAGAGUUGGAGGGAGACAUGCGUAAGAGUAUCCGCGAGAUGGUGAUUAUGGCAAUAGCUGCUUAUCCCAUAAAAGAACGGUCUACUUGGGUCCUCGAGUGGCCCGGUCAGACGGUUCUCUGCGUUGGUUCGAUGUAUUGGACGUUACAAAUCGAGGAAGCGAUGCCCCUUGGGGUCCCGGGGAUGAAGAGCUAUUUGGAUCUUUGCAACGAGCAGCUCAACGACAUCAUUCUUCUGGUCAGGGGAAAGCUUUCCACGCAAAACAGAAUCACCUUGGGUGCACUCGUCACUUUGGACGUCCACGCGAGGGACGUUCUUUCCGGACUCUGGCAGGAUCAGGUUACCAACAAUAGUGACUUCAAGUGGCUCUGCCAGUUGAGAUACUAUUGGCAGGAAGAAAACUUGAUUGUCUAUAUGAUAAAUUCGUCGCUUUGGUAUGGCUACGAGUACCUUGGGAAUUCGCCAAGGUUGGUCAUAACGCCUUUGACGGAUCGCUGUUAUCGCACACUUUUCGGGGCCCUAAGUCUCCACCUGGGAGGUGCUCCCGAGGGUCCAGCUGGUACAGGAAAGACCGAAACGACGAAGGACUUGGCCAAAGCAAUAGCUAAGCAAUGUGUAGUGUUCAACUGUUCGGAUGGACUGGAUUAUAUAGCUCUUGGAAAGUUCUUCAAAGGACUAGCUUCCUGCGGGGCAUGGUCAUGCUUCGAUGAAUUCAACAGAAUUGAUCUUGAGGUUCUUUCCGUUGUGGCUCAGCAGAUCCUGACCAUUCAAAGAGGGAUAAACUCCGGAGCUUCCAAAUUGAUGUUUGAGGGCACGGAUAUAUGGCUGGACCCUUCGUGUGCGGUUUUCAUUACGAUGAAUCCUGGAUAUGCCGGCAGAUCAGAACUUCCGGAUAACUUGAAGGCCUUAUUCAGAUCCGUUGCGAUGAUGGUACCAGAUUACGCGCUUAUUUCCGAGAACACACUUUACUCCUAUGGAUUUUACAACGGGCGUCCACUUGCCGUUAAAAUUGUAACCGCUUACAAAUUGUGUUCCGAACAAUUAAGUAGCCAGUGUCAUUAUGACUAUGGAAUGAGGGCUGUCAAAUCAGUCUUAGUUGCCGCCGGAAACUUAAAACUAAAAUACCCUGAUGAGUCUGAGGAUAUUCUGAUGUUGAGGAGUAUCAAGGACGUUAAUCUGCCAAAGUUCUUAGUCCACGAUCUACCAUUGUUUCAAGGUAUCGCAUCCGAUCUUUUUCCCGGAGUUGUACUUCCCCAGCCUGAUUAUACGCACAUCAAUUCCUGCACGAUGGAAGCAUGUUUAGCCGGGAAUCUACAGUGCACUGAUUUUUUUUUGGAAAAAGUUCAACAGAUAUUUGAAAUGAUGAUAGUUAGGCACGGUUUUAUGAUAGUAGGACUUCCAUUCGGAGGUAAAACAUCAGCGUAUAGAAUGUUAGCCGAAUGUUUGGCUCGCCUUGAAGAACAGGGGCUCAUGGACGAGCACAGAGUUGAGAUUACGGUAAUCAAUCCAAAGUCCAUCACCAUGGGACAAUUGUACGGACAGUUUGAUCCAGCAUCACACGAAUGGAGCGAUGGUGUACUCGCUGUUAGUUACAGAGCAUUUGCAGUGUCUCAAAAUGAUAACCGUAAGUGGCUCAUUUUCGACGGACCAGUCGAUGCUAUCUGGAUAGAAAAUAUGAACACUGUACUCGAUGAUAACAAGAAACUUUGCCUUAUGUCUGGUGAGAUCAUACAGCUUGCUCCCACCACAAAUCUUAUAUUCGAGCCGAUGGAUCUAGAGGUCGCAUCUCCUGCGACGGUAUCUCGUUGCGGUAUGAUUUAUAUGGAACCUGUGACUCUCGGUUGGACACCUCUUUUGAUUUCCUGGAUGAACACAUUGCCUGGUAGCCUCAGUGAGCAUAUUAAGAUCCAAUUGAAGGAGAUGUUCAUAAGAUUCUGUACGCUCUUGCUGCACUUGAUUCGCCGUUACGGUGCCAAGGAAAUGGUCCCCAUGCCAGACUCGAAUCUAGUUUCUUCGGUAAUGCAUCUAUGCGACUGUUUCAUGGACGACUUUAGAAACCCAAAAUACGUCGAAGGCAUCACCGACUUGGAAAUGAGAGCGCAGAUCGAGGGAUCAUUUUUCUUUUCUUGCGUCUGGGCUAUGGGCGGGACGUUGAUAGCAAAGUACCGAGAAUGGUUCAAUGAUUUAUUCCGGGGUUUGAUGGACCGAGAAUUCCCGCCUGAUCUCAUAGAGCGUUUUGGUCUUCCCGAGGACACGACUGGACCAAGGAAACCCUACAUUCUACCAAUACCAUUGACAGGUCUGGUCUAUGAUUACAACUACAUCAAGGAGGGAAAAGGACAGUGGAAACUCUGGUCGGAUAGCUUGAUUGACAUCCCGCCUAUCCCCAGGGACAUGCCGGUGAACCAGAUAAUUGUACCCACCAUUGAGACAGUCCGGUACAUGGAGCUAUUCAAGAAAUUAGUCUCACACCAAAAGCCGGUACUUCUGGUGGGCCCAACAGGAACUGGAAAGUCUGUUUAUAUUAUCGAGUUUCUCCUGAAGGUCAAUGAUGUCAAAGUCUUCAAACCACUGUUAAUAAACUUCUCGGCACAAACUACAGCAAAUCAAACACAAGACAUAAUAAUGAGCAAACUGGACAAACGGAGAAAGGGUGUUUACGGUGCACCUCCAGGAAAGUUCUGGGUGAUAUUUGUCGACGAUGUUUCCAUGCCUCUGAAAGAGGAAUACGGAGCACAGCCACCCAUCGAAUUACUACGACAGUGGCUGGACCAUCGUCAGUGGUACGAUCGGAGGGAAAUUGUGCCGAUCAGGCUUGUCGAUGUUCAGAUAAUGUGUGCCAUGGGACCACCGACCGGUGGCAAAGAUGUGACCCCGAGGUUCAAACGGCAUUUCUUCGCUCUGAGCAUAUCAGAGUUCGAGGACGACGUCAUGACCAUGAUAUUCACAAAGAUUAUGCAAUGGCACAUCGACGCACAAGAUUUCGGAACGGAGUUCAUAAAUUGUGCCGACCAGGUGGUUCUCGGAACCCUUGACAUCUACAAGGAGAGUCUCAUCAAUCUUCUUCCGACGCCAGCAAAGUCUCAUUAUCUGUUCAAUCUACGUGACUUCUCUCGAGUAAUUCAAGGCGUACUGUUGUCCACCCCUGAAUCAAUGCCGAGUCCGGCGAAAAUGAAACGACAAUGGGUGCAUGAAGUUCUCAGGGUGUACGGAGACCGUCUGGUUGACGAGGGAGACAUCGAAUGGCUUGUUGGACAACUCCGAAGAACGAUGCACGACCGCAUGGACGAGAAUAUGGAUGAAAUGUUCGAGGAUUUCACGGGCAACCCUGAAACAGAGAUCACCGAUCAUCACCUUCGGAACUUAGUGUACUGCGAUUUCCACGAUCCUUUGGCAGAAAACCGGAUGUACUUAGAAGUUCAGUCUUUAGAUAGACUGGCAGAGGUUGUCGAGGAAUAUCUAGCCGAGUAUAAUUCGAUGACGAAGAAGCCAAUGAACUUGGUCCUGUUUAGAUUCGCAGUCGAGCAUCUUUCGAAGAUCUGCCGGAUAAUAAAACAGCCCAGAAGUCAUGCUCUCCUCGUUGGAGUGGGUGGUUCUGGUCGCCAGUCAUUGACUCGUCUUGCUGCGCACAUAUCGGAGUACGAUAUUUUCCAAGUUGAAAUAUCAAAACAGUACGGAGUGUACGAGUGGCACGAAGACGUUAAAAUUGUUCUUCGAAAAAGCGCGGCUACGGAUCUGCACGCUGCAUUUUUAUUCACCGACAGUCAAAUCAAGGAAGAGUCCUUUCUCGAGGACAUCAGCAAUCUCUUGAACGCUGGGGAAGUCCCGAAUCUUUUCGCUGCCGACGAGAAGGCAGAAAUUUGCGAAAAAAUGCGUCAGAUAGACAGACAGCGAGACAAAUCAGUUCAGACCGAUGGAAGCCCAGUCGCUCUCUUCAACUUCUUCGUCCAGGUGGUUCGCGAGCAGCUCCACGUUGUCGUCGCCAUGUCGCCGAUCGGCGAUGGGUUUCGAACUAGGAUACGAAAAUUUCCUGCAUUGGUCAACUGUUGCACGAUCGAUUGGCUUCAACCCUGGCCUGAAGAUGCGCUUUUAGCAGUUGCUACUAAAUUUCUAGAAAAGAUUAAAUUGCCAUCGGAAGAGAGGCUAGCGUGCAUAGAGAUGUGUCAAGUGUUCCACACCUCGACGCAGGAACUUUCUAAGGAAUUUUUGUCUCAGGCUAGGAGAUGGAACUACGUUACCCCGACGUCAUAUCUUGAACUGAUAAACACCUUCAAAGAUCUGCUGGGGAAAAAACGUCAAGAAGUUACGGAUGGAAAAAAACGAUACGAAGCUGGGCUUGGAAAGUUGGAUAGUACUCAUAAACAGGUUGAAAAAAUGCAGGAGACUCUGAUGGCGCUUCAACCAAAGCUUCUCGUAGCCGCCAAAGAUGUUGAAAAAAUGUUAGAGAACGUGAAAAAGGAGAGUGCGGAAGCUUCGGCUGUUGAAGCAGUCGUAAAAAAAGACGAGGAAGCUGCAAUGGUCGUCGCUGGCGAAGCAGAAGACAUACGAUCGGAUUGUAACGCAGACCUUGAAUUGGCCAUGCCAAUUCUUAACGCGGCAAACGCGGCACUCAAUACUCUCACACCACCGGAUAUAGUGAUAGUCAAGACCAUGAAAAAUCCACCGGCAGGAGUUAAAUUGGUGAUGGAGGCUGUAUGCAUAUUAAAGGGUGUGAAACCUGAUAGGGUUGCGGGUGAUGGUGUUCGUCAGGUGGACGAUUAUUGGAAGCCUUCUUUGCGUAUCUUGGGAGACAUGAAGUUUUUAGACUCAUUGCAACAAUUCGAUAAGGACAAUAUUCCCGAGAAAAUAAUGACCAAGAUUCGAACCUCGAUAUUGACAAAUCCAAACUUUGACCCGGAUAAGAUAAAAAAUGCCUCCACGGCUUGCGAAGGACUUUGUAAAUGGGUGUACGCUCUUUCAGAAUACGACAAAGUGGCUAAGGUAGUUGCUCCGAAGAAAAAAGCUCUGGCUAAAGCGGAAGCUCUGUACGCGGAGGCGAUGGGACAGUUGGAAAUCAAACGGUCUCAGCUCAAGGAAGUACAGGACAGGGUCGCAGCUUUGGAAAAAAUAUUGGAAGAGCGUAAAAACAGCUACCAGAAUAUGAUGGACAUUGUCAACGACUGUGAACUGAAACUCUUGAGGGCUAAAGAGCUGAUCGGAGGAUUGGGGGGCGAAUAUACGAGAUGGUCGGAAACUGCGAAGGCCCUCGGUCAGCGUUACUUUCGGUUGACGGGGGACGUUCUAAUAGCUUCUGGAAUUGUUGCCUACCUCGGGGUCUUCACCGCACAGUUUCGCGCUAAGCAUAUUGAAUAUUGGGUCAAUCUUUGCACCAGUCUGAACGUUGUUUGCUCUUCGGACUAUCAGCUCACCCAGGUAUUAGGGGACCAGGUCCAGAUCAGGUCUUGGAAUAUUUUUGGUCUUCCCAGCGAUUUGUUUUCCAUUGACAACGGCAUCAUUGUCAGUAACUCCAGACGAUGGCCACUGAUGAUCGAUCCUCAGGGGCAAGCUAAUAAGUGGAUUAAAAACUUGGAGAAAUCCUCAAAUAUACACGCAAUUAGAUUGACUCAGGGCGAUUACAUGAGGAUUCUGGAAAUUGCGAUCCAAUUCGGCCAACCCGUUCUUCUUGAAAAUGUCGAGGAAGAACUUGACGCAGCUCUAGAACCGCUAUUAUUGAAACAGACCUACAAGACCAGUGGAACUCUCUGCAUAAAACUCGGAGAUUCGGUUGUUGAGUAUAAUGAAAAAUUCAGACUUUACAUAACAACAAAGCUCAGGAAUCCACACUACCUACCGGAAGUCGCGGUUAAAGUGACGCUUUUAAAUUUCAUGAUCACUCCGAUCGGACUGGAAGAUCAACUUUUAGGGAUCGUAGUUGCAAAGGAACGACCGGAUCUUGAAGCUGAGAAAAAUCAGCUGAUCAUUCAGAGUGCAGCUAACAAAAAAAUGUUGAAGGACAUCGAGGAUAAAAUCCUGCAGGUUCUCUCCUCUUCUGACGAGAAUAUCCUCGAAGAUCAGACAGCGAUCGGUGUUCUCAGCUCUUCAAAAGUACUGUCAGAUGAUAUCCAAGCAAAACAGGCUUCUGCUGAGGUUACCGAGAAGUCCAUCGACGUCGCUAGGCUCCAGUAUACCCCGAUCGCGGUCUACUCUACCAUCCUCUUUUUCACAAUAGCCGUACUGGCAAACAUCGAUCCGAUGUACCAGUAUUCUUUGGCGUGGUUCGUCAACUUGUUCAAAUCAACCAUCGACAAUACACCGUCAAUCGAAGACGUGGAACAGCGCCUUGCUGACCUUACGAAACAAUUCACUUAUUCGCUGUACAUCAACAUAUGCCGAUCGCUAUUCGAAAAGGACAAACUCCUCUUCUCCCUCUUGCUCGUCAUCAACCUCCUCGGUAAACAAGGAAAAAUUUCAACAUCGCACUGGAUGUUUUUUCUCACUGGUGGGGUCGGACUGGAUAAUCCUCACUCCAAUCCCGCAAACUGGCUUCCGAUUAAAUCCUGGGACGAACUUUGCCGACUGAAUGAUAUUCCGGGAUUUUCAGGAAUCAGAGAAGCUUUCACCGGCGAUCUUCAGGCAUGGAAAGCCGUCUUUGACCAUAAGGAUCCUCAUCUCCAGGAUAUGCCAGCGCCGUUCAACGCUCUAACGUUCUUCGAGAAGAUGUUAGUGAUUCGGUGCAUCCGAGCUGACAAAGUAGUACCGGCGGUUCACCGUUUCGUUGAAUCCGAAAUGGGCCGUCAGUACGUCGAGCCUCCUCCUUUUGAUCUGAUAUCCUCGUACGCCGACUCUCACUGCUGCAUUCCUCUCAUCUUUGUCCUUACUCCCGGCGCUGACCCCACCGCAAUUCUGCUGAAGUUCGCCGAUGACCAGGGAUUCGGAGCAAACAGACUCUUCUCUCUGUCCCUCGGUCAGGGUCAGGGGCCCAUAGCCGUGCGACUGAUAGAGGAGGGUGUAAGACACGGGACCUGGGUCGUUCUCCAGAAUUGUCAUCUUGCCAAGAGCUGGAUGGGAACACUGGAAAAGGUUUGCGAAAAUCUAUCUCCGGAAACAGUGCAUCCAGAUUUCAGACUUUGGCUCACCAGCUACCCGGCUGACCACUUUCCGGUCAGCGUUCUCCAAAAUGGUGUCAAGAUGACCAACGAACCGCCCAAGGGUCUGCGCGCUAACAUCAUCAGAUCCUACCUCCAGGACCCGAUAUGCGAUCCAGAUUUUUUCGAAAAGUCUCAACAGAAGGUCGUCUUCAAGAAGCUUUUGUUCGGGCUGUGCUUUUUUCACGCCAUCGUUCAGGAGCGUCGUAAAUUCGGUCCCAUUGGUUGGAACAAUCCGUACGAGUUCAACGAAACCGAUCUCCGUAUCAGCGUACUUCAGCUGAAAAUCUUUCUCGAUCAAUACACGGACGUUCAAUACGAGGCUUUGAAGUAUUUAACGGGUGAAUGCAAUUACGGAGGUCGCGUUACCGACGAGUGGGACCGGCGUACGCUUAUAACGAUACUAUCGAAUUUCUACUGCCCCGCGUUGGUGGAAGCGGAAAAACACCACUUGGACAGCAGCGGGGUGUACUACGUUCCCGACGUAGCGGAACACUCGGAAUUCCUCGAGUUCGUGAAAACCCUACCGUUGAUAACCGGACCCAGCGUUUUCGGCAUGAACGACAACGCCGAUAUCAUAAAAGAUCAACAGGAAACCGAUCUCAUGCUCUCGUCGAUUCUGCUCACUCAGGUAUUGAGGGAGAAGCAGAGGCUAAAAAAAGAUACAGCGUCCGCCGAAUUAGGUGAAGGCGGAAAAUCCCCCGAAGAUGUUGUCUUCGAAGUGGCGGCCGACAUCCUGUCAAAACUUCCGCCAGAUUACGACCUCGUAGACGCUUUGGAAAAGUAUCCGACCUCCUACGAGCAGAGCAUGAAUACUGUUUUGGUACAGGAAAUGGGGAGGUUCAACAAGUUGCUACAGACCAUAAGAACCAGCCUUCUCAACGUACGAAAGGCCAUUAAAGGACUCAUCGUUAUGAACGCGGAUCUGGAGGAGGUCAUGACGUCCGUUAUAACUGGUAGGAUUCCGUUAGUUUGGAAAGCUCGAUCGUACCCUUCGCUUAAGCCGCUUGGGAGUUACGUGAACGAUUUUUUGCGAAGGCUCGCAUUUCUCCAGGAUUGGUACGAGAAAGGUCCUCCGAGUUCCUAUUGGUUAUCAGGCUUUUAUUUCACUCAAGCUUUCCUCACCGGAGCGCGUCAAAAUUUUGCUCGGAAAUAUUCAAUCCCCAUCGACCUGUUGGUAUACGAUUUUUUACCGCUAAAGGAAACUGUCUUUCCGGUACCUCCGGAAGACGGGAUAUACGUGUACGGGCUUUUCUUGGACGGGGCGAGAUUCAAUCUCUCUACGAUGCUACUUGACGAAUCCAUGCCCAAGGUCCUCUACGACGACGUCCCCUUCUUGUGGCUGGUACCGAUAAAAAAGACCGAUAUCAAAGAAAGGCCGACUUACAACUGUCCGGUUUACAAAACUAGCGAGCGACGCGGAAUUCUGUCAACAACUGGUCACUCGACUAAUUUUGUAAUAGCCAUGUGGCUGCCAACCGACCGACCACCGGAACACUGGAUAAUCAGAGGAGUCGCGAUGCUCUGCCAACUGACUCAGUGA